UCCAUACAGAUAUAAGCACGUCUCUUAGUUUUUUGGUCAGAUUCUUUAAAUCGGUACAUCAAGGCAAGCAAGAAUCACAUAUCUUAGCGUUAGCGUCAACCAAGGACGUGGUAACCACCUAUAUUCUUUUUCUGCAAACCGUAGUUGUUUUACUCAAAUAUAUAUACCUCGAUGUUCAUGUUCCUUUCUCUGCUAAGAAAAUAGGCAUUUUGAGUUCAUUAUUUGUCACUUAAAUUAGGGGAAAUAUGGUUUGGCUGGAUUGGCAUCAGAAGUCUAUGCAGCUCUUGAAUCUUGCCUCUCUAAGAGAACCCUUCCACAUCCUUACAAUUAUCCUCCUCGGCCUUUUGCUUCCACUCUCAUUUCUCCUCCUUUCCAGGUUCUCUAGUGCUCACUAUAUCCUAAGUCUUGACUCUACUCCUUCAUCACACCUUUCUUCUUUUCUCUUAUCUUUCUUCCUAUAUACCAACCCAAGUCUACUCUACCUUAUUGUUUCCAUUGUAAGCAUAGCCACUUUUGUCUACGGCUUCACAGGAAAGGUUGCCUUUCAAAGCGAGUCUUCGGGGCCUCUUUUACUUCCCCGUUUGUACACUGCAUGGAUCUUCGUCUGUACAUUAGAAGUCUGCGUUGGUUUGGGCAUCGAAGGGAGCAUAGCAGCAGGAACUGAUGGUUCCAUUAAUAAUAUUGGUAUGGAGAGAAACUUACGGAGCAAAGUCAUUUUUUUCCUGGGGUUGCAUGAAACGAUGCUCCAUUGGUCUAGGGUGGUGGUGAGGCCGGUGAUGGAUGACGCCUUUUUUGGGGUUGCUAAGGAGGAAAGAUGGUUUGGAAGGGUGGCCAUGGCAUGGAGCUUUGGCGCUCUAUGGUGGUGGAAGCUGAGGGAUGAGGUUGAGUCUCUUGUGGUUGAGGUUGAUCAGUUUAAGGGAGAACUGUUGAUGGGUAGAGCAGUGGCUGACUUUGUUUCUCGGUGCCUAUAUUACAUGACUCUGACAAUUGGGAUUAUCAAGGUUGUGAAGGGUUUUAUGUGGAUUGGCUUGUUUUUAUUAUGUAGAAGAGUGACAGGGAACUCACCUGACUCUAAUGGGGAUGAUGAUAAAGUCUGA